UUUUGCUCUGUCUAUCUUUCUGUAUUUUCUUACUUUUGUGACAUAGAAUUUCAUGCAAUUCUUUCUUCGAUAAUUUUAAUAUAAUUAAUUCCGAUCUAAUUCAACAGUAAAUUAUACUCUUUCACCCUGCAGUAAUUCAAUGGCUUUCCGAAGACAAUUUUUCAAUGACUCACCAUAUUAUCGAUCUGAUAUACAAAACUCACCAAAUUUUAGAAAUGAUUCUUUUGCUCUGAGAACCGGUCCACCUCAAAACCCUUUGGAUUUGAACAGAGGUCCUGGAUACCUAGGCAUCUCUUUUAAUGACCACAAAAUGACGCCAGAACCGAAAUAUGUUAACAAUUUCGGCUCUUAUAGCGCCAUCAGAAAAGAUCCGCCAAUGUUUAGCGGGUUUGAAGCUAAACGUCCCUUAUUUUCGAGUGGACCAGGAGGCUAUCCCGAUUCUGGACCAUUUCUUGAAGAACAGUCUAACAAACGUUUCAAACAGAACUUUCAACCAAGUACUCCCAGGCAAUAUGUUAAUAAAGGACCUGUCCCAGCAACUCAACAGCGUAAUCAAGGAGGAACUAAACCUACAUUAGAUAAACCAAAACCGCCACCUCCAUCUGCUGAAAAAUUACAAUCUUUGGAGAAAAGUGGUUUACUUCCGACUCCUGACAGCAAUGGAAACUCAUUUCAUUGUUAUUAUUGUGACGCGUUCUGCAAUUCCCUGAUUACUGCUGAGUGUCACAUUGAUAGCCCCAAACACAAGAAGCAUAUGACCGAACCUAAUGAAAAACUGCAAGGCAUUGACAUGAAAUUUGUUAUGAAAACAGAUAAAAUAACUGAUGUAAGUGUAUUAAAAGCUCGUAAAGAGGAAUUGAAAAGAUUAACCGAUGAACAGAAGACAAAAUACGUCGAGCAACAGGUUCGACUCAAGAAUGGUAUUGGUGGAGAAGCUUACUAUUGUUUGCUGUGCAACAGUCCGCUUAAUUCGACAAAAGUUAUUGAUCCUCACAUAACAAGUCUAAGACAUAUAGCGUUUUACGAAACUCACAAAGCGGAGGUUGAGAAAGCUGAAAAAGAAAAGGAAGAAGAGGCCAAAAAAGACAAGCUUGAUGGACCAGCUUCAGAUAAAGUAACUCUAGAUGAGCAGCUCAAAUUGGUCAAAGUAUCUGUAAUAGGUUUGGAAGAAAUUGUCGAGUACAUUGAUCCUGAAAAUGAAGAUAUGAGACUCUAUGAGUGCACAUUGUGCAAAGUUUUCAACAAUGCAGCAACAGUUGUCAAUCAUGUAAUUGGUUUCAAACACAGGGUCAAUUACAUUAAAAAAGCACGUCCGUUGGAAGCUUGGAGUUUUAGUGAGCGAACAAGAGAAACAAUGGCUCUAGCCCAAUCAAAAGCUAAAGAAAUAGAAGAGGCUGAUGGAAGAAAAAGAUGGACCGUCAAGAAUGAGAAACCCAAAAUACCAGCUAAUGUAUCCGUUAGUCCUACGAAAAAAGUAAAUCUCAAAGAAAUUCACGAACAAGUGACUCAACCAGAAAGCAAUGGCCCAAGUGUUCUUGAUACUUUUACCAGCUAUAAAAUAGAAAAUGAUUCAGAUGCACAGAAAGCAGUGGAAGUAGUUAAUUCAUUGAUUGAUUCUCUUCUAAAGUACAAGCUUAGCAAAUUUCCCGCUGAAAUGCGUACCGUACUUGCUUCUAAGUUGAUCAAUGAAGGUAUAAAGACGAGUUUGGAUAAACCUUUGGUCAAUGGUGUUGGAGAUUCUGAGGAAUCUAAUCAAGAUAAUUCACAAAAAGAAACUCCAAUCACUAAGGAAUAAUCUUAUGGGUUAACAACAUACCAGUUUUCGGUACCCAGAUUAAUCUUGCUUCAUCAAUAUAAUCUACGUAUCUUCAUCGCAAACUCUAUGCUCUCUUCUCCACUUUUGUGACCUUUCUCUACAAGAAUUUCUCUACCAAGGUUGACGACACGUAACUUUCCAUUAAUUACAAAUCUCAUUCAUUUCUUGAGGCAAUUAUUCGUUAACGAUUCAAAAUCUAUCCAGUCUGCUCCAUCGUAAACUAUCCUUAAUUUCUAUCCUUAAUGACUUAUAAAAUACUGAGAAGUAAUUUUUCAUUGACUAAAGAUUAUCGCUGUGCGUCUCAUUUUUUUGUUAUCAUCAAUAGUGAGUCAAUGAACUCACCUUAAUCAACCAAUCUUCAUUUCUAAUAAGAUUUGGUCACAGAAUUGACAGGUUGAACACACUUUUUGUAAAAACUAACUUGUCGAAGUGGAACAAAGAUUAUCACAUUUCAUUGGUCAUUUGGUCAUAUUGAAAUUUCAACAAUUUAGACUGUUACGGCUUUUGUAUUUUGACCAUCCUUACAUCUAAAAAUUACCUCAUAUUAGCUAAUUUCCUUUCCAAUCUACUAAAAUCGACAAAAAGAGCAGCAAAAUGGAUCAACAGAAAAAAGAUCAUUCCCGCAAAUCAGCGAGUUUAAGUUUUCUUCACUUUUAAAGCAAACACAAAACAAAAUCUUGUCAUAACUAAUAAGUCAUUUCAUUUUGAUUUCAUUAAAUAAAUAAAUUAAAACCAUUU